GCUGUGAUCGAUUGAGGUCCACACAGAUGGCGCUUAGUUGCAUACGACUCGAAUGUAGUGCUCAGCUUUGUGGUGAAGGCUUUUGUUGGCUGCAAUCUUGCUCUGUCUGCAUAAUUUGGCUCAUGGCCUACCUGAAUAGUUUUAUUGAUGGCUCCAAUUUGUAUACCAACGCUGCGACAGCCAGGCCGAGUACGCAAGCACAGUCAUGGCCAUGCUACCCACCAUUGCGGGAUCUACCGUCCGCAUGCCUUCGUUAAAUCGUCGCACCGCUCAGAUCAUCACGACGUCGCUGGUAAACUCCGAUGCAGACAACAGCCGCUCGCUCUCUACUCCAACCGCCAUCGGAAUCGGCGUCGCUAUAGGCAUCGUCGGUACCAUAUUCAUCCUGACUAUAGUACUAUUACUUCACCGCGCAUGGAGACUCCGUCGCCCACAACCAGCAAGACGAUACCGGCAGGCCAAGCUAUGGAAAGGCUUUGAGCCAGUGACACCUAGCGCGGCAAGAACGACCUUUGUUGGAGCCAGAAUGACGAAUAUAUACCUGACAGAGUUACCGACACCAGUCACACCUGCGUUUCUCAUGAGUCCGCCGCUACAAAGAGACCAAGAGCAUGGGUACGAGAAUAUGGGUCGACGGCACAGCGAGCCCGCGUGAUGGCAAUACAUUCUUUGGGCUACGAAUCUAGUACUUGCCGUGUACUGCUUCCAUGGACAUACUCCAAGUAUGCAUGCCGUCAUC